CGGGCUGGGGCGGGCGGAAGGAGCGCCAGGCCGGAAGGAGGCAGCGGGAGGGCGGGCGGCAGGAGUGGGCCCGGAGCUGCUGGGCCGGAGCGGCGGCGCCGCCAUGUCCGACAGCGAGAAGCUCAACCUGGACUCUAUCAUCGGGCGCCUGCUGGAAGUGCAGGGCUCGCGGCCUGGAAAGAAUGUACAGCUAACAGAAAACGAGAUCCGUGGUCUGUGCCUCAAAUCACGGGAGAUUUUCCUGAGCCAGCCCAUUCUUCUGGAGCUGGAGGCACCCCUCAAGAUCUGCGGUGACAUCCAUGGCCAGUACUACGACCUUUUGCGGCUAUUUGAGUACGGCGGCUUCCCUCCAGAGAGCAACUACCUCUUCCUGGGGGACUACGUGGACCGGGGCAAGCAGUCUUUGGAGACCAUCUGCCUGCUGCUGGCCUAUAAGAUCAAGUACCCAGAGAACUUCUUCCUGCUCCGUGGGAACCACGAGUGUGCCAGCAUCAACCGCAUCUAUGGCUUCUAUGAUGAGUGCAAGAGGCGCUACAACAUUAAACUGUGGAAAACCUUCACCGACUGCUUCAACUGCCUGCCCAUUGCUGCCAUUGUGGACGAGAAAAUCUUCUGCUGCCAUGGAGGCCUGUCCCCGGACCUGCAGUCCAUGGAGCAGAUUCGGCGUAUCAUGCGGCCAACAGACGUGCCUGACCAGGGCUUGCUAUGUGACCUGCUGUGGUCUGACCCUGACAAGGACGUGCAGGGCUGGGGCGAGAAUGACCGUGGCGUCUCCUUUACCUUUGGGGCUGAGGUAGUGGCCAAGUUCCUACACAAACACGACUUGGACCUCAUCUGCCGGGCACACCAGGUGGUGGAAGACGGCUAUGAGUUCUUUGCCAAGCGGCAGCUGGUGACACUCUUCUCAGCUCCCAACUACUGUGGCGAGUUUGACAACGCAGGCGCCAUGAUGAGUGUGGAUGAGACGCUCAUGUGCUCCUUCCAGAUCCUCAAGCCCGCUGACAAGAACAAGGGGAAAUACGGGCAGUUCAGCGGCCUGAACCCUGGAGGCCGGCCCAUCACCCCACCCCGCAACUCCGCCAAAGCCAAGAAAUAGCCUCCACGUGCCCGCACUCUGCCCCAGAUGGUGGAUUGUACAGAAAUUAUGUGGCCGUUGGGGGGUUCGUGCUGGCUCCCCCCAGGCCCACCUGUCACGGGGAGCACGGAGCCUUGGUAUAUUUUUCUUUUUCUUUUUUUUUUAAUGAAUCGAUAGCAGCGUCCAGUCCCCCAGGGCUCCUUCCGCCUGCACCGGCGGUGGUGACAAGCAGGACCCUGGGGCUGAGGCUGCAGCUCAGGGCAAAGCAGGGCCAGAUGUGGGUUUCCAGCCUCGCUUGGCCUCAGGGCCAGCAGACAGAUCCUGGGGCGACCCAUCUGGUCUCUUGAAUAAAGGUCAAAGCUGGAUUCUC